AUGAAGAUUAAGUUAGUCUUUGGGGGUGUUACGUUGCAUGUUUGUAGUGUUUAUGCGCUGCAGAUGGGCUUGAAAGAGGAGGUGAAGGCGAGAUUUUGGGAAGAUUUGGAUGAGGUAGUGAGAAGCGUGCCUAGCACGGAGAAGAUCGUCAUAGAAAGGGACUUCAAUGGGCACAUUGGGAUCCUACCUGGAGGUUAUGACGAUGUGUAUGGUGGUUUUGGCUUCGGUGUUAGAAAUGGCAAGAGAACGGCCCUAUUGGAUUUUGCGAGAGCUUUUGAGCUGAUAGGGGGAAAGGUGCGGGUAUGGAAGCGUGAGAGUGCAGAGGGGACGUGGAUGCUAUGUGGGAUGGGGCGGCCAGCUGCAUCACAGAGACUGCUAAAGAAGAAAGUGGAGAUCAAGAAGGGGGCAUAUGUUAAGUUGAUUGAGAGUAAAGAUGAAGAAGAGAAAUGGGUGAAUAAAGAGGGGUACAAGGUAGCUAGGAAAGAGGCUAAGUUGGAAGUUACGGUUGCCAAGUAUGCAACAUUUGAAUGUUUGUAUGCUGGGUUAGAGGAGAAAGGAGGGGAUAAGAGAUUGUAUAGUCUUGCAAAAGACUACUUUCAUAGACUUUUGAACGAGGAAGGAAAUAGAGGCAUUGAGCUAGGGGAGCUGGAGCAUUCGGAGGAAAGCCGUGAUUUCAGCUACUGCAGGCGUUUUAAGGUAGAGGAGGUCAAAGAGGCAAUUUGUAAGAUGCAGAGGGGUAGGGCGACGGCACCGAACGAGAUUUCGAUGGAUUUUUGGAAGUAUGCAGGAGGGGCAGGGCUUAGGUGGUUGACGAAUUUGUUUAACGGUAUUUUCAAGACUGCGAGAAUACCUGAGGCUUGA